AUGUCAAUUCUACAUUUAAAUAAUUAAUUAUAAAGAGUGAAUAGUAAUAAAUUUAAUGUAAUGAAUUAGUGAAAAUAACCUCUUUUUAAACUUAUUUGAAAUCAAAAAAACAUUAGUAUUUCCUAAAUUAUAUUCUAGUACUUAAGAUGUCUUAAAAAUAUUAAUUAAAUCAUCCCGUCAAAAAAGUUACCAAAUGCUUCCUAGAUGUAUUAAGGAAAUAAGCGAUAAAGCAAUUGGAGCUGAAAUGA